UUCUUCAAUCCAUCUCCUUUCAUUAGUUUCCCUUCAGCACAAGCUUCAUCUCCUUUCCCGUUCAGCAACCACCAUCUUCGCGCCGUAAAUCCCUUUGCGCCGACGUCAUCCCCUUUGUGCCGCCGUUGUCUCUUCUCCUUCACAGGUCUAUUUUUCCUCAACUGAGCUUGCUUUACUCAAGCUCGAUUCGUUACUUCAAGAAUUUUUUCCAACAGCUUAGUUUGGUGUUUGACUCCACUGAAGCUGUUAAAGUCGCUGCCUGAGUGGACUAAAAUCAAUUCCAACUCAAACAAAUAUCUUAGGGAUAAAAUUUUAAACAAAAGAAAUAUGUAUUCAAGUCGCUGCUAGCUACCUUAUGCUGGAAGUUACAAGAGGCUAUCCAUUUCAUCCUCUAUGAAGCUUGCAUGUUUGAGCAAAGGAGGAGGCUUUCACUUCCCACCAUGUCACAUGUUGAAUUUUUGUGGGAUUAGGAUCUUAUUGGAUUGUCCUCUAGAUCUUUCUGCUCUUAUGGCCUUCUCUCCUGUACCUACUUCUUUGGAUGCCUUGUUGUUUGAAGAAAGCAAUAACAAUGAGAAGCGACAGAAAAUUGAAGAUCUCCUUGAAGCUAAAAGCUUAAUUUUUGCAGAACCUUGGUACAAGACUGUUAAUAAUUUGCAUCUAUGGAACGCCUCUUUAAUUGAUGUCAUAUUAAUCUCCAGCCCAAUGGGUAUUAUGGGAUUGCCCUUUCUUACUCGGAAGAAGGGUUUCUCAGCUAAGAUCUAUGUAACCCUAGCAUCAGCAAGAUUAGGCCAGUUAAUGAUGGAAGAUCUUGUAUCAAUGCAUACGGAAUUUAGGCAGUUUUACGGAUCGAUGGAGUCUAAUUUCCCUCCAUGGCUGAGGCAGGAAGAACUUGAAAUACUUCCUUCUGUAUUGAAAGAAAUAUUGGCAGGAAAAGAUGGAGUGGAGUUGGGUGCUUGGAUGCCCAUGUACAGUGCAGCUGAUGUGAAGGAUUGUAUGCUAAAGAUCAACACACUUAAUUAUGCUCAGGAAGUAUGCUACAAUGGUACAUUGGUUAUAAAAGCAUUCAGCUCUGGUGUAGAAAUAGGGAGUUGUAAUUGGACUCUAAAUGGUCCAAAGGGAGAUAUUGCUUAUCUUUCAAGCUCCUGCUUCUUUUCUGCUCAUGCUAUGGCUUUUGAUUACCGCAGUCUGCAAGGGACUUGUGCAUUAAUUUAUUCAGAUUUCUCAUCCUUGAGUGAUGCACAAGAUAUUGAAGAUGGUGAUAAUUACACUGAUCCAACUUCUGAUAAGUUAUUACCGUCGAGUUUUCAAGAUUCAGAUGGAUUCAACCUUAACUCUGAUGAAGAUUUAGAAGAAAAGGAAAAACUAGUUUUCAUAUGCUCGUGUGCUAUAGAGUGUGUCAAAGAUGGUGGUUCAGUUCUUAUUCCUAUUAAUCGACUUGGAACUAUUUUGCAGCUUUUGGAGGAAAUGACUAUAUUACUCGAAGCUUCAGCUAUAGAGGUUCCAAUUUACAUAAUUUCUUCAGUGGCAGAAGAAUUACUAGCGUGGCUUAACAUCAUACCAGAGUGGCUUUGUAAACAACGACAAGAAAGAUUAUUUUCUGGGGAAUCUUUAUUUGCGCAUGUCAAGCUCCUAAAAGAGAAAAAGAUUCAUGUGGUUCCGAGUAUUCAUUCACACGAAUUUUUAAAGAAUUGGCAAGAACCCUGCAUUGUAUUUUGUCCUCACUGGAGUCUCCGUAUGGGUCCAGUUGUUCAUCUCCUUCGAAGAUGGUGUGGCGAUCCAAAAUCUUUGCUUAUCCUUGAGGAUAUGGUGAAUCCUGAGUUAGCACUGUUACCUUUCAAGCCUAUUGCAAUGAAGGUUCUUCAAUGUCUGUUUCCCUCUGGAAUAGGGUUGCAGAAAGUUCAACCUUUACUCAAGACACUGCAACCAAAGACUGUUCUGUUCCCUGAAGAUUUGAGAUUAAAGACGAGUUUCACAAAUGAAAAGUCUUUCACAGUUUUGUAUUAUACGGAAGCCGAGACUCUAAAAGUGUCACGCCAAAAGGACAAUUCAGAGAUAAAAAUUGCGGCUGAUUUGGCUUCCCAGUUUUAUUGGAAAACCUUUAAAAAGGAAGGAAUCAAUGUCACAAGAUUAAGGGGUGAGCUAUUAAUGGAAAAUGGUAGACACCACUUGUUCUUGGAUAAUGACAAAGAAACUUGCUCAAGAAAUAGUUCUUUGUUACGUUGUGGUUUACUAGAAUCGAAUAAAUUCCUAGCUGCAUUAUCAAAAAUGGGAAUUAAUGCAUCUAUGGAACGUGGUACGAAUGACGCCGGAUCAACAAAUGUUUGUAUAGUUCAGACAGAGGAACCAUACAAAGCUUUGAUAGAGAUUGGAAAUACCAGUACUGCCAUUACUACCGUUGAUGACAACGUCGCGUCCAUCCUUUAUAAAGCUAUAGACAACAUUUUGGAUGAGGUCUGAUAUAGGGUAGAUUUUAAUUUAUUGAUGUUUGUAAAAUCCUUGUAUCUCUGCCUAUUGUUCAUAGUUAAUACUGUAUAAGUUAAUAACAGAAUUGUUAGUUGUUACUAUUUCAUGACUGUUUAUAAAAUUUAAU